AUGUCACAAUCCUUAAAACCAUACCUUGCAGCAGUCAGAUCGUCCCUAACUGCGGCCAUAUGUUUGGAAGACUUCUCUUCCCAAUUGGUGGAAAGACACAACCGUCCCGAAAUAGAGGUGGACAACACACACAACCCGGAAUUGAUCUUAAAUCCUAUGAUAAUAGCCAGAAAUGAGAACGAAAAGAUCUUGAUCGAGCCAUCCGUCAACUCAGUCAGAGUCUCCAUUAAAAUCAAGCAAGCUGACGAGAUCGAACAGAUCUUGGUGCACAAGUUCACCCGUUUCUUGACCUCCAGAGCUGAAAACUUCUUCAUAUUGAGAAGAGUGCCAAUAAAAGGCUACGACAUUUCGUUUUUGAUCACCAACUUCCACACCGAACAAAUGUUGAAAGACAAGUUGGUCGAUUUCAUCAUUGAGUUCAUGGAGGAUGUCGACAAGGAAAUCAGUGAAAUGAAGUUGUUCUUGAAUGCCAGGGCAAGAGUUAUCGCCGAGGCUUACUUGACCCCAUUUGAUUAA